CAACCUUUCACGGCAAAGCGAACCAAGAUGGCGGCUGUUGUUGAAAAUGUUGUAAAACUGCUGGGAGAGCAGUGCUACAGAGAUGCCAUGGAGCAGUGCCAUAACUACAACGCCCGGCUAUGUGCCGAGAGGAGUGUCCGAAUGCCCUUCCUGGACUCUCAGACUGGAGUGGCGCAGAGCAACUGUUACAUUUGGAUGGAGAAGAGACACAGGGGACCAGGAGUGGCCCCAGGACAGCUGUACACCUACCCAUCCCGCAGGUGGAGGAAGAAACGACGAGCCCUCCCCCCAGAGGAUCCCCGGCUGGUCUUCCCCCCUCUAAAGUCAGAACUGGACUUGGGUUUUAAGAAGGAUGCCCUGUCAUCAUCUGAUGGCAGCAGUCUGGAAGCCCUGCUGAAGGGGGAACCCCUGGAUAAAAGGGGUCCUCCGGAGCUCCAUGGGCCAGAAGAGGAGUCCAGUCUGGCAGACUACACUUGUGGGGGAGUCACCCCUGCAGCACGCGUCAGAAAGAGAGUCCUGGAGCCAGAUGACUUCCUGGAUGACUUGGAGGAUGAAGACUAUGAGGAGGACACCCCCAAAAGAAGAGGCAAAGGAAAGGGAAAGGGUCGUGGAGUGAGCAGUGCCAAGAAGAAGCUGGAUGCUGCGGUGGCUGCACUGGAGGACAAGGACAAGCCUUACUCCUGUGACAACACUUUCAGACAAAAGCAUAUUUCACAACCUUCUGGACGAGUCUGUGGGAAGCGUUACAAGAACCGUCCGGGCCUGAGCUACCACUACGCCCACUCCCACCUGGCUGAGGAGGAGGGAGGGGACAAGGAGGAGCCUGAGGUCCACACCCCCACCCCGCCCCAGCCUGAGGAGCCCAAGACACCCAAGAAAGGACCAGACGGUUUGGCGAUACCCAAUAUCUACUGUGACUUCUGCCUCGGGGACUCAGCCCUCAACCAGAAGACGGGCCAGUCAGAGGGGCUGCAGUCCUGCUCAGACUGUGGACGUUCAGGCCACCCGUCCUGCCUGCAGUUCACCCCUGUGAUGAUGGCUGCAGUGAAGACCUACCGCUGGCAGUGCAUCGAGUGCAAGUGCUGCAACAUCUGUGGCACCUCAGAGAACGACGACCAGCUUCUCUUCUGUGAUGACUGUGAUAGAGGCUAUCACAUGUACUGUCUCAGCCCCCCUAUGGCUGAACCUCCAGAAGGGAGCUGGAGCUGCCAUCUGUGUCUGGACCUGUUGAAAGACAAGGCAUCCAUAUACCGGACACCUAACGCCCCUCCGUUGUGAUGGACCCCACCCUCUCACAGGUUCUCCAUCACUGGUCAGCAGAGAGGAGUGGGUGGGACAGAUGUCUUGUGAAAAGGGAAGCAUACCUCACCAACCCCCCUUCUGAAACAGGCCUCGGGGAAGUAUACCUCACCAACCCCCCUUCUGAAACAGGCCUCGGGGAAGCAUACCUUACCAACCCCCCUUCUGAAACAGGCCUCGGGGAAGCAUACCUUACCAACCCCCCUUCUGAAACAGGCCUCGGGAAGCAUACCUUACCAACCCCCCUUCUGAAACAGGCCUCGGGGAAGCAUAACUUACCAGCCCCUUGCUGAAACAGGUCUCGGUUUGGAAGGGAAACACCUCACCAACCCCCCUUCUGAAACAGGCCUCGGGGAAGCAUGCCUUACCAGCCCCGUGCUGAAACAGGUCUCGGUUUGGAAGGGAAACACCUUACCAAGCCCGUGCUGAAACAGGUCUCUGUUUGGAAGGGAAACACCUUACCAAGCCCAUGCUGAAACAGGCCUCGGGGAAGCAUACCUUACCAGCCCUGUGCUGAAACAGGUCUUGGUUUGGAAGGGAAACACCUUACCAAGCCCGUGCUGAAACAGGUCUCGGUUUGGAAGGGAAACACCUUACCAAGCCUGUGCUGAAACAGGUCUCGGUUUGGAAGGGAAACACCUUACCAAGCCUGUGCUGAAACAGGUCUCUGUUUGGAAGGGAAACACCUUACCAAGCCUGUGCUGAAACAGGUCUUGGUUUGGAAGGGAAACACCUUACCAAGCCUGUGCUGAAACAGGUCUUGGUUUGGUUCUUAUAUGGCUGUUACACAGUUCCAAACUCAAGUGACCCAUAGGCUUUUGUUUUAAACUAUUUGUCAAUAUAUCAAACACAAUGUGUCAAUAUCCUGAACUUGACAAUACAUGAAGUUUGUUUGAGUGACUUAAACCACAAACCGCUUUUGCCAGCCAAAAUACCUGAACAGUCUCACAUAAAGUUCAUGCACACCACUGCUCAGAUCCUACUUUUAUUCGGCAAAAUGUCAGUUUUGCAUGUAGAGGAGAUAAAUAGUUUGAGUCAAUUAGCAUGCCAAUGCUUGUUCAUAAUAAAAACAUGUUCAAAGGUUUUGUAUAUUUAUAUAUUUGUAUAGAAUAUAAAGGUGGGAAUUAUUUAAAAGCUGCUCUCUGUUCAGCCAUUACAUUCCACUCCUUGACAUUCAUGUAAUUUGCCAAAGACUGGAGUGACGAGGAGUGGAAUGCUAGCUAAAAAGACUGGAGUGGAAUGCUAGCUAAAAAGACUGGAGUGGAAUGCUAGCUAAAAAGACUGGAGUGGAAUGCUAGCUAAAAAGACUGGAG